GAUAUGCUUUCAGCACCUCCAUCGCCUGUUAUAUCUAUGGUUUCGAAACAUUCAAAUGGCACUUUGAAUCUUUGGCAGUUAACUUUUGCAGAUAAAUCAAAGUUUUCUCAGGUACUUAGCAUUGGUCAUGCAUCAAGGGCUUCUGGGCACAGAUUUCGAGUAAAUGAUAUCACAUGUCAUCCUGUUCUACCUCUUCUUUUAACGACUUCUCAUCAUAAUAUUCCAGGUAACAAGGAUGUAUUUUCUCCAACCGGUUUUUGUUCUGAAUUGAUUUUGUGGCGUGUUGAUGCAGUCGGUCCGUUGUCGAAGUCUGGUGGAGUUAGUGAACUUGCUAGAAUAAAUAGUCCAGAAAUAUCUGCAUUCAGUAAUGUUGCUUGGAUUCCCACUUUGUUACCAAGUACUACUUUGGGAAACCUAAGCAAUUCGCCAUCAGCAUGUUUUGUAGCCAGUGAUGGGGAAUGCUUGCGAGUAUAUCAAGCUGUUAUUGAUGCUCGUACUUUGUUAGCUGAAAUUAGUUUGUCUGAAAGAAGAUCCAAGAUGAAGGAUUCUAUGAUGUCUCUAUCUUCUGCUUGCUCAUCGGAAGUAGCGGGUCCAGCUUUUCCUUUACAAGAGAGAAUUAAAAUAGUUUCACAACAGUCGACUGCGCGGCCUGGUUGUGUGAUACAAUUAGAUGCUAUUGAAGAUGCAACACACGAUUGGCAAAAUACGCAGUUUCUUCAUGUGUUCCAAGAGCAGUUGAUUACAGGUGAACGAACUCCGAACUUAAUGGAGUCUCAACUAGGAGCUAUGGUUGAUUUACAACAAAAUGCUGUGUUUGAAGAACCAUUUUACAUUGUUGUCCUAGAACGUACUGCUAAAGGCACUACUGUCCAUAUGUGGAGAUUAGUCAUAGCAUCCCAACCUGAUCCUGAAGAAAGUUUAUCAGCAAGUAUGAUGUAUGUACCAGAUUCAAAUUUAGUCCAGGAUUUAGAUGAGUCUGAAUUGGCUGCUCCAAAACAUUCCACAACCAAACUUAAUCCACAACCAGAACCUGUUGUUGAACCGCCAGGGCCUCACGUUUCUAUUAGUACAACAAAGGUAUGUCAACAAGAAUUACCUUUGCCUGAGGGGGUGGAAGUUGUGCAUGCCUCACCAGCUGCAGGACAUUUGAGUUCAUCAUCAAUUUACCCAGCAUGUUUUGCACCUUAUAUUAUAGUUACUGCUUGCUCUGACAGCACUGUUAGGUUUUGGAAAUGCCAGGUUACUAAAACGAACGAAAAGGAAAAAGGUUCAAGAGAAUACAAUUGGUGUGAAUGGGAAAUGAUUAGAAAGGAUCAGGAAUCAACAAUAGAUAUUUCGGGUCAACCACUUAAUAUAAGUGCUGCAUAUUCAGGAAGAAUAGCUUGUGCUUAUAAAUAUGGAAAAUCAUUUACUCGUCCACAUAAAUCUGAUCCCGAAUCCAGAUUUGUUAAUUUGUGUGUUGCUAUUUAUGAAUGUGAAAGUACUGGUGGCUCUGAAUGGGUUUUAGAAGACACAAUCCACCUGAAAAAUAUUCACUUACCUAGAAUUCAAGUUGAUCCUCAUCUUGAUUUGAGCUAUUUGUAUGACAGCAGAUUUUUACAGAAAAAACAAAGGUUGACACAGGUAUUACAAACAUUGUCGCAUGAUGAAAUUCGAAAUAAUCGAACCACACCAAAUGGGUUAACCAAAGCCAAUGCAGGAUUAUUAGCAGUUCCAAGUUUUUCCACUCUUCAGUCUCUUAGAAAGUCCAUAACCGAGAAUGGAAAUACUUGUCCUUUGACACAGAAACAUCUUGUACAGUUAGAUUGGAUAUCUAAAGAGGACGGUUCACACAUUUUAACUGUUGCUGUUGGAAGUAAGGUCAUGUUAUUUACAUCAGUUUCAACAGAUUUGGCACAAGCUAAUAUGAAGGCAAUGAAAGAAUCCGCUUCCACUAAUCGACCGAUAUUGCGUAAAGCAAGUUCCUUGGCCGCGCCUCAUUUCAAUGAUGAAAUUCGAUGGAUGAAAUUGCGUCGAAUUGACUUAACAACGGCAGAUGGUCUUCCUCCAUUGCCGAUGCAGAUCUCCUGGGUUCGUGAUGGAAUUUUAGUUGUCGGUAUGGACAGCGAAAUGCAUGUUUAUUCUCAAUGGAAAGCAAAUGCAGAUCAAGGGCAAACACCACCGCAGGAAUCAGAUGAAUUAUAUGAUACUAGAAAUUUGAGAGAUGAAGAUCUUCGUACAAUUGCUCAUGAGAGUUCCCAAAGACGGUUAAAUAAUGUUAGUUCAAUGCCUCACUUGUCUAGAGUCAGUUCUAUUAAUCUCCAAAUGUUCCAAGGCGGUGGCACUAUAGACAGAAGGAAGAAAAGCAAUACAAAUCUACAAUCAGAACAGGCGCCUGCUUUAGAUUACAUGCCUGACUAUGGUUUAUUUGAGGCUUCAAGAAUAGCGUGUCCUGUGUUGCCACAAUAUCAUCCUAAACAACUUAUGGAAUUAUUGAACAGCGGGAAAAUUCGUUGGGUUAAAGCUAUAUUGGCACAUUUAGUAAGAUGUAUCAGCGGAACUUACUCUUUGAAUACUGCAGGGGGCGAUGAAGACAGUUUGACCAGACAGCGCGGGUGGUCUCGCUCGCGAACCUUGUCGGUCAGUUGUGUACCUGGCACUGCCAGUCCUCUAGAACCAAGAAAUUCCACUACUCAAUUUCCUGAAGAGUUAACAUUAGACUAUGCAGAAAUCACCUCUAUACCACCCUUGCCGUUAUGGACAUUGCUUGCUGCUGAGAAAGAGACAGCAGCUACAAAUGAGGAUGGACAAGAAUAUAAUAACUUGUUUGAUGCAAACACAACUAAUUGCGAGGAAACUUUGGAUGAUUUACUGGAAUGUGAUACAGAUUCACCUAGAAGAUUUGAUAGAAGAGCUUCAGUGCCCGAAAGACAAGGUUUAUCUUACUUUGGGCCUAGACAAGGUCGUUUACUCUCGCGACUCUUGACACAUACCCACAUGCCUGGUUUGUCCAGCUUAGAUCAGAUGCAUUUGCUGGCCUUGGCUGACACGGUAUCUUCAUGUAACACUGAUUUUGCUGAAAGAUUUGCAAAUGAUGCUGCACGAAAUGCAAUUGCUAAAGAAAAUUUAAGCGGAGUACCGGAUACUGAAGUUAUUUCAACAGAUUCAUUGGAUGACUGUGGUUUGCGGUUCCUAUUAGCCAUGAAACAUUACACAUAUUUAUUGCGGUGUCUGCCUAUUGCACAGAGAGCUCAAUUCCAAAGACAAGGCGUUGGAACCAACAAUUUAGUUUGGGCAUUCCAUUCCGAAAGCGAGGAAGAAUUAUUAAACGUUAUACCUUCAUAUGCAAAAGGGCAAGCAAAAUGGAACACACUUAAGGAAUUGGGUGUUGGAUGGUGGUUACGUAAUAGUACUUUAUUAAAAACUUGUGUAGAAAGGUUGGCUAAGGCUGCCUAUCAAGUUAAUCAAGAUCCUUUAGAUGCCGCUAUUUAUUACAUUGCAAUGAAGAAGAAAACGCUAGUUUGGGGAUUAUUUAGAUCGAAACGAGAUGACAAAAUGACGGCGUUCUUCAGCAAUGACUUUACAGAAGAUCGUUGGCGAAAAGCAGCACUUAAGAACGCUUUCGCGUUGUUAGGAAAACAGCGAUUUGAACAUGCAGUUGCCUUUUUCUUAUUAGCUGGUGCUUUGCGUGAUGCUUUGGAAGUUUGUUUGAAUAAACUAGAAGAUUUGCAACUAGCGAUGGUGAUCGCUAGAUUAUAUGAAAGUGAUCGCGAACCAAAUCCACCAAACUUAAAACGGCUUCUUUAUGAAGAAAUACUUGGUUGCGACGCUGAAGGCAACAAUCAGAACACAGCAAAAAUGCAUCCAGAUCCUUUCUUAAGAUCCAUGGCUUAUUGGAUUUUGAAAGAACAUUCUACUAGUUUAAGUACAUUAUUACAAACAGGCGUCGGUCAUUUACAUUCCGCCCAUGAUGAUGAAGCAGAUACUAGAACAGACGGACAUUGUACAACUGAUCCGAAUGUUUUCAACUUUUAUGUGUAUUUAAGAACACAUCCAUUACUUAUUAAACAACAUAUUGCAUCAACAGCUCAGGAAAGACAAAAAGUACACGUUGCUCUAGGCGGCUUUAGUUAUUCUAGUGUUGUUGGUGAUGCUAAUUCCAAAGUUGAUACAGGCAGACAUUUAAUGCUCGAAGAUUCUAUUACACCUCUAGAAAGGCAGUUAUACUUUACAACUGCCCAUGGUCAUUUUAAAGCGGGCUGCCCAGCUUUAGCUUUAGAAGUUCUAAGUAAACUUCCAAAUAAAGUUAUUGAUCCAUCACAAGGAGAUUUAAAUAGUCCAACCAAAGGUAAACCACAAGAUCUCAGAAUUGAUACAGGCAUGCUAUCGUUCAGUGAUACAACAACCAAAGAUAUUACAAACACAGAAACAUCAGAUGAUCUCUGGGGCCCGCCCGCACAAAAAACAGAAAGCUCAGAUUUCGAUUGGGGUGCUCCAGUUAGCAAUACGAAAGAAGAGGAACUAGUUUUAGAUUGGGAUGAUGAUAAAUCAGAGCAUUCGUCUGGGUCUGAUGACGCACCCAUGAUGAAGAUAGAUAAGAAAGUACAAUUAGAAACACCGGCGCCGCCGGAACAAUCUUUAGGUACAUUUGAUAUUAUGGCACAACAAUUGAAAUUUGUUGCAUGCUUGAAAAUUCUAAUGGAGGAAUUGUCUACACUGGCUACUGGUUAUGAAGUUGAUGGAGGCCAACUUCGAUAUCAACUGUAUAUAUGGCUGGAACAUGAAGUUGAUGCUCUUCGACAGCUUUGCGGUUACAGUCUCGGCGAAAAUGUUCAACCUAAGAAAAUUCAUGAAAGUUCAACAUUGGAUAUAAGUUCAAGCAAUCUCAAUGCCUCAACAACUAAUUUAGAACGAUCAGAUACGCCGACACCAAGUACUAAGCAUGAAUGGCCAACGUUACAUGAAAUUUUGAUGGCUGAGAAAAUAGAUUUUGAGAAUAAAGUUCAAAGAGCUGCUAAAAGGAAGAAGUGGUUGAAAGCAAAUGAAACAUUGCUAAGAACACUUCUAUCAUAUUGUUCACUACACGGAGCGAGUGGCGGCGGGUUAGCAUCGGUAAGAAUGGAACUAAUUCUGUUACUUCAAGAACUUCAGCAAGAGAAGUCUCAACAACAACUCUUAUCUCCACUUCCAUUCCCUACUACAUUGCCUUUGUUAAGUGCGACAGUUGCUGGCAAUAAAACAGUUAUUGCUGAUCCAGUACGACACUUGCAAUCUCACGCACAUGAUAUGCUACAGACAAUAAUAGAAUUAUCAGGGCCUCCUCAAGUAGCAAAUAUACAACAACUAAGAAGAGUUUUUGAGCUCAGAGAUCUAGCAGUGGCUUUAUCAGCUUGCAUUUAUCAAUCGUUAUGUGACAGUGAUACAUGCAGUAUAAAGAACGCGGUAUCGAACGAAGCAUUUUUAAGCCCCGGUUUAGAAAAUAUAGCGCGACUUAACGCUACCUGUGGUAGUACUCAUCUCAUUGGAGGAGCGCACGCUAGAAGAAGAAAAUAUUCAACGGAUGAGCCCGUCACUGUUAGUACACCACCAAGUAAAUGGCCAGGUGUUACCAAUUUACGAGCUUUGCUCGCACGCGAAAAAGAUGAAGAUUCGCCUCGUUUGAACCUACUUCUUUGCGAAUCUUUUGUAGCUACAUACAUGGCUUUAGUAGUUUACUCUCUUUGCACAUGUGAUUCCCAUAUUUUGUACAGAUUAGUUGGUCAUAAGUUUUCUAAUAUGACUUGGGCUAGCUUAUUUGGAGGCGGUGUCAAGAAGCUACUGCGGUCUGCUAAUCUCCAACCACAACCUGCAGCUAAUCAAGAUAAAGAACCUACAACCACUAAAGAUUCAAUGUGGAAUGCAGUUACAUCACUAACUAAGCAAAGAGUCAGGUUGAACAUGAAGUUGCUGGGACAGUUUUCAGGACAAAGUGGACCGAAUAUGAAAGAAGAUAAACCAACUUAUCGAGAGCAAUUUGUUCCACCUGAAAUGUCCAUGGUAGCAUAUUUCUUACAAAAGACACAGUAUGUUGGUUCGGACGAUUACGACUACGAUUCAGCAGAAUCAGUAGCAUCUGAUUUAGAGUCUGAAGAAGAAGAUGAAGAGGAUGUGUUUGCUAAUCCUCUGAGCACUGACGCCAGGUCCUCGCAAGUAGCAACUGCACUUCGGAGACAUCGUCGCGAAAAUACGCAGCAUUCGAAUCCACACUCAUAUUCAUGGUCUAUCAUACGAUUAGCUGUUGUACGAAUUGUGCAGAAUCAAUUGACAGAGUUUCUCAAUAUUGCUGGAAUAGAAAUGCAAGAAUUGCCUGUGAGCAGUCCUCUGAUUCAUGGCAUUUUGCGUUCAUUAUCGCAGUGGCAACAAUUACUUUCUGAGGAAUUAGAAUCUAGAGGUCCAGCUCCUGCAGACUACAUUCCAGGAUGUUAUGUUGAAACCACUGCAACUGGACCUGCUAUCCAUAAAUACAGAUCGUUAUUGGAGAAGGGAAAUACACCCUUUAGUCCUGUACUGGCAGCUGCCGCACCAGUUACGCGAUUGUGGAUGUAUCUAGUCAAACAAGAACUUGUACAGGAAAUUUUCAUUCGAGCCGUAUUUGGCAAACGGCGAUCGCUAGCUGCAAUCCUGGAACCCUUAAAUGGUGGUUCCGGAUGCGCAUCUGUUGUGGAUGGAACAUCUCGAAGUGGUUCAAUUGUUCAAGAUGGUGACAGAUUGCCAACCGAACAACUUCAGCAACCCGUACGAAUAAUUCAUAAGGAACAAGAUCAUAUUUCAGCAUUCUGCUUAAAUCAGGUAAAUCCUGGUUUGCUAGCUCUGGCAACUCCACGAGAAAUCCAAGAAAUGGAUAUCUCACUAUUAUUAGAUUCACCAUCUUGGUUAGAAGAUGAAUGCGAAUUCGAUAUCAUGAAUUUAAACAAAGAUGUUGACACGUUGCCGUCGAGCGGUUUUCUUGUUAUUCAGACGUCAACUGACAAAAACAUUCUGAGUCAUAGUCCAAAUUCCGGUCAUAAUUAUGCAAUGCCAUCCAGUCCUCAGCCUGGAAUUGCUGGUCAAUCAGGAAGAGGUGCAUCUGUGAUGAAAGGUGUCAGUUUUCCUGGAUCUCACAGUCAUCGAUUCUGUCAACUGGUGGUGGACCGAAGCAAACAUUUACUCAAGCCGGUCUUGAAACAUAAAGUAGACAACAUUAAGCGAAUGUGUUCUCAUCCUCUGAUGUCACUGUAUUUGACUGGGGGGCAAGAUGGUUCAGUACAAUUAUGGGAAUGGGGUCAUCAGCAAGUGGUAUGUACUCCAAGAGCACCAGGAACUUUUGCCAAAGUAACUAGAGCGAGAUUUUCGCAGCAUGGAAAUAAAUUUGGUAUCGGUGACGGAGAUGGCAAUCUCAGCUUAUGGCAAGUGGGAUUAGCCAGUAAUGCAAAUCAAUCAUUCUUUACAUACCAGUGCCAUAACAAAGGAAUUGGAGAUUUUGUGUUUUUGGGUUCUUGCAGUUUAUUAGCUACAGCUGGCCAUAGUUCUGAGAGCAAAAAUGUUGCAAUGUGGGAUACUUUGAUGCCAAGAAAGAAAUCCCAGGUGACUGCAUUUACAUGUCAUGAUCAAGGUGCCUCUAGUUUAGUCUAUGCACCCCAACAUCAGCUCCUAAUCUCAGCUGGUAAAAAAGGAGAUGUUUGCAUUUUCGAUGUCAGGCAAAGGCAAUUGCGACAUCGUUUUCAGGCCCAUGAAACUCCGAUCAAAUGCUUAGCAAUGGAUCCAAAUGAAGAAUAUUUUGUAACGGGUUCCGCCGAUGGCGAUGUGAAAGUCUGGGGUUUGUCCAUCCACUCACUUUUGCAUUCAUUCCCUGGCGAACACGCCAAAGGUAGUUUUUUCAAGACAAUCGGUCAAGGCGUCACCCAGCUUCACACGGAUGGGGCUGGCAGAUUAUUUUCAUGUGGCGUCGAUGGUAGCAUGAAAGUUAGACAAUUGCCGCAUCCACUUUACUAAAUAUUAGGUAUGUACCUUGAAAUUACUUGCAGACAUCAAUUUUGGUGAUUUAUCUAAAAAAAGUUGUUCAAUACUAUGAGUUUAUUUAAUUGGUCGUACUUAUAAUAAACUUAAAACAAUUAAGUUUUAUAAACAAUCAAUGUUGAAUAUUCCUUGUUAUAUUUUGGAAUGUUUAUAUUGUAAGAGGAAAUUGAUGGUCUAUUAUGCAAUUUUUUUGCUUGUGUAGUUAUAUACAUUUUAUCGGUCAGUAUCCAGUCUAGUUUCAUCUAGAUUAGAUCAUAAUUUUUUCUUCGAUAUAUACUAUAAUUAUUUUUGUUAUUAUUCUAUUUUAAACUUAUCGACGUUAUUUUACUGACA